UUAUACAGAAAGUGGAUUGUAUAUUAGCAGAUAAUCAGUGCGCUUCUAUGGGAUGUGAUGCUUAGUUUAGUUUUGUAGUUUAACCAGUUAAUUGAUCUACAAUACGAGUCAAAGUUUGGACGGUCACAACUAAAUUUAGAUUUCCAUUAAAGGAUUAAAAUCAUUGCACAACCAACAUUAAUGAUGUGAUCAUUUAUAUAGAAUAUCUUGUUUAUUUCUCAAUACAACUCCAAUGAAACAUAACUAUAAAAUCCUUGUCCAUCUCAGAUUAUUUGGUUUUGGAAGAAUAUUAUUGGGUUCAUAUUGAGACUUUUGAUUGUAGGUGUGGGUAUCUUUGCAAAUGUGAGCGCAGUUGAAAACAUUGUUAUAAUCUGUAACCGAGAGACACGUGUGCGCUUCAUGGGCUUCAAACUAGUUUCUGAGGAGCAGGACACUUUCGUCUUUCGUUUGCUCUUCAUAGUGUUACUGUCGAGGAGAAAUAGACUUGUGGACUAAUAUAAAAUGUGCCUAUAUAAAGCUAUAAAGCUUAGCUACGUUUUGACUGGUUUAUUUUUAAACGAGUUGGAGCACGUUAGUGAAGGAAAAUCAGCCAACAAGUGUUGAGCAUACAUGUGAAGUCAUUCAGUGGUGUUCGAAAGCACCACAGCAUUUAAUGAAGAAAAUACGUGGAGAGUUUACGGUUUGAAUAGAUUUGAUGACUUACUAUUACAGUAAAAACGAACGAGUAGGUGUGUUCAUGCUGACUGGUAGUGAAAGUGUUAAUAGCACUUCUUUCUUUUCUUUUUUUAAGAAAUCGUAAAAGCCUCCAAAGUUUAUUUUUAACAUAAAGUGGACUUUUGCAUCUUAUAAACCCUGUGACUUCUUCACCAGACUGCGUGAUCCAGGACUUGGGCAGUGCGGGACUUGCGCGCACUCUGGUUGUGGGAGCGAUGCGCGCGCUGCGGGCUCCGGUUCUAGUAAUGGGGCUCGUCAUGUUUAUCUGCACUACUGCACAAAGCGACGCCAGCGUGAACAAGGUCGAGAAAACGUUCAGACGGAUAAUGGACAUCAUGAGACUGGCGGAAAACAGCGUUGACGACGCGAGCGCGCAAAAGAAAGAGAGCGCGCCUAAGGACACUCAUCGUCUCAAAACGGAAACCGGGGAAACAAUUUUAAAAAUCUUUCCCAGAGACCUCCGAAGGAAAGAGAAGGUUAUCAAAAUCUUAACAGGUCCUCUUUAUUUCAGUCCAAAAUGCAGGAAGUACGUCUACAGGCUUUAUCAUAACACCAGAGACUGCACCAUCCCUGCAUACUACAGAAGGUGUGCACGACUCUUGAUGCGACUGGCAGAGAGUCCGAGAUGUCAAGAGGGUUAACUGUACCAGCAGGUUAAAGCCAAACCAGAAUGACCCAAGUAAAAAAAAAACAGCAGUCAAAGUGCCUUUGGACAAGAGAAGAGAAUUUAAACCAACACGCAACAUUCCACAUAAUCAGCACAACGCGUCCAGAACACUGCUCUGCCUCUCUGGAGAAUAGAUGUCGAAAAGUAUUGACAGUAAUUGACAAGUAAACGGACACGGAAUAAUGGGAUGCACUUGCCCAAGGAUGGUCUGAUGGACUCAACAUAGAGCCAAUGUUAAAACACAGGACGACAGAGAAAGAAAACAGAAAACGCAUUUGGCGUAGUGCGUUCUGAACCUGUCUGCCAAAAAAAAAAAAAGAAUCUUUUCAUCAUGACAAAAGGGAUUGCCAUGUUUCGAUAUCAGAUUAUAGAGACUCGUCAGUCAGUGCUGAUGUUUUGUAUGACAUGCCUUGAUGGGGUUACAAUUCAGAGCCGUGAUGACAAAUCGAGUUAGUUCGCUGCAACGAGAGAGCUUUGCUUUUCUCUGUUCUUGAACUGAAAAUCAUGAAAGUUAAUUGCAUUAAAGUUUCCUUUUGCUUUUGUUUGCCAGCAGACAGGUAGAUUUUUGCAGUAUAUCUGUGACCAAAAGCUUUUUGUUUUCGUGUGAGACUAUUAGUGUACGACUGUGGAAUAUAUUCAGUAUAUUUUGAUAUGUAAAUGUUGUACAAAUGAGACUUUAAAAUCCCUAUAACAAACAUAAGCGUCUGACGUAUGAUGGGAUAUGUAUAUUUAAAAGAAAAUAUAUUUAAAUAAAUUAUGAU